AUGUCCAACGCACCAGUGAAAAAAGUCCCGAUACAUCUGCAGAGCUCCCAGAAUCGCCUGCUGAUCAAAAAUGGCCGCGUCGUCAAUGAUGACGGUAUUGAAGAUCUGGACGUCUACAUUGAGGAUGGCAUCAUCAAGCAAGUGGGACGCAACCUCAUCAUUCCUGGAGGCACCAGGACUAUCGAUGCUACUGGCAAGCUGGUGAUGCCUGGUGGUAUUGACCCACAUACCCACUUCGAGCUGGAGAUGAUGGGCGCCAAGUGCGCUGAUGACUUCUACAAGGGUACUAGGGCGGCAGUGGCAGGAGGCACUACUUGUGUCAUUGACUUUGUUCUGCCGCAGAAGGGACAGUCUCUAUUGGAGGCCUAUAAUAACUGGAGGGAGAAGGCCGAUGGCAAGGUAUGCUGUGACUAUGGUCUUCACGUGGGUGUGACGUGGUGGUCUCCAGCAGUGAAGAAGGAGAUGCAGCAGCUCGUGUCGGAGCAGUAUGGUGUGAACUCCUUCAAGAUGUUCAUGGCAUACAAGGACGCCUGGAUGCUGGAUGACUAUGACCUGUAUUGCGCUAUGGAGACUUGUGCAGAACUAAAGGCUUUGCCUCAGGUGCACGCAGAAAACGGUCACAUAAUAGCUCGCAACACGGAGAAGCUGUUGGCUAAAGGAGUGACAGGUCCUGAGGGUCACCAGCUGUCCAGGGAUGAGGAGGUGGAAGCUGAGGCUGUUAACCGCGCCUGUGUUAUUGCUAACCAGGCCGGAGCCCCUCUAUACAUAGUGCACAUGAUGUCAAAGAGCGCGGUGCGCGCCCUGCAGCUCGCUCGCUCGCGCCAGCGACACGCGCUCAUCGGGGAGACACUCGCCGCUACUGUGGGAACUGAUGGUUCCCACUACGGCAACGCAUGUUUCCGCCACGCGGCGGCGCACGUACUGUCCCCGCCACUGCGGCCCGACCCCAGCACGCCACAGGCCAUGUGCGAGGCUUUGGCUGACGACCACCUGCAGCUAAUUGGCAGCGACAACUGCACAUUCCACGAGAAGGACAAACAGCUCGGCAAGGACAACUUCGCCAAGAUACCCAACGGAGUCAACGGCGUCGAGGACCGCAUGGCUAUACUCUGGCAGAAGGCUGUUAAUACUGGAAUCAUGGACCCGUGCCGCUUCGUAGCGGUGACCAGCUCGAACGCGGCCAAGAUCUUCAACAUCUGGCCGCAGAAGGGACGCAUCGCCGUCAACAGUGACGCAGACAUCGUCGUCUGGGAUCCCAAACUCGAGAGGACUAUAUCUGCAGCUAAUCAUAAGCAAGCUGUUGAUUUUAAUAUUUUUGAGGGUCAACACGUGGUCGGCAGUCCCCAAUAUGUGGUCGUGAACGGACGUGUCUGUCUUGAUGAUGGAGAACUGAGAGUGGUUGAAGGUUUCGGCAAAUUUCUGAAGACACCAGUGGAAUCUCCAAUGAUAUACGACGGACAACAAAGCCAGGAGGAAGCUCCUCAUAGACCAGAGUUCCUGGAGGCUCCAAUGCGCGUCACCAACGGCACUCCUUCCCCUGACCUAGGACUGAUGAACAAGAGCGUGGAGAGUCUCUCGGUGUCCGGGUGUAGCACACCCACCGGCAGGAAGAUGCGGGAGCCGGGACAGAGGAAUCUGCAGACUUCUACCUUCUCUAUCAGCAAAGAAAUCGAAGGUCUGGAUACCAAGACCUCAGUUCGCGUGAGGAACCCACCUGGCGGCAAGUCUUCAGGACUGUGGUAA